AUGGAGAUCCUCGUCCAUGUUUCUGCCCCCAGUAGGGCUCAGGACGAUGCACGAUACCGUGCUCAGGUUGCCGCCAUCCUGGCCCAGUCCACGGACACCCGCGAUAGCCCAACGCAGUCAGCCGUUCAUUCCGUCUCAGUCGACCGGCAGGAUCCCCCCUGCGGACUGCCUCGCUCGGACCAUCUGGCGACUCCAGCUAUUCCUCUUCCAGAAUCGGCCCUCAAGCCCCAGCCGAUCGCUACCGAGAUCGGUUCCAGCCAGGCGGUACCUUUAGAUCUUGUCCAUCAGCCUGUGUUAGAUUCUCUCGAUAGUCUGAUCAGCGUCAUCCCAGAGUCUUUGCCGGACAUAUGCCAGGCUUCUCACUCGGAUCCAGAUCCAUUUGUUGGAUAUCUGGAUCCACCGACGGGAAACAAUCCGCCUAAAAAACGCCGGAUCGACUCUGCUUCCCAGAAACAUGGACUGGCCAUUUCAAGCACCACAUCGAUAGCCACCACUAUUGCGCCAGAUUCACCACCACUUCCUAAUGAUACUCAUGCUUCCCCUAGUCCUCUUCCUACGCUUAUACCCACAAUUCCAUGCAAAGCUCCACAUCAUCCACCCCUUCCCCUAGAGAUCCGACCCCCUCCACCACCCAUUUCUACUUUCCCCUUCACCAGUCAUAUCACCCCGACACUUUCAAUGCUCACGGAGCGACUCAAGCCUACACGGACCUAUAAACCACGCUACCAGACUCGGUCCCUGGAUCCACUCGAGCGCGGCUACUGGGCUGUCAAUAUCAACAUCUGGCCGGAGAACCAGAUCGGACAGGGAAAGGACCUGGAGAAUCGACCAAACCCAAAUGCAGACCCGGAAUCGGACCCGCAAACUAAUGUUGAUGGCCCAUCAGAAGCGGAUCAAAUUCGAGAUUGGGAUGUCACCUUUUUCGAUCGCUUCUGGUCCUUCCUCUCCGACUUUGUGGGCAAAGACGCCCGCGCCGGUUGGGGUGUCUGGUGUUUUCUCGAGCAUGCACCUUUACCGGAAUUCCUAUCCACUGCAAGAUCUGGGGAGGUUGCGAUGGACAGAUCAGUUCCGGUGCUACUAAAGGUUUAUGCGUGGGGUGAGGUAGCCAUGCACAUGUAUCUGCUCUUGUUCUUAGCGAGUGAGCGGCGUAUUCGGAAGAUGGGGCCACAAUGGAGGGACUCAUCCGAUGCAGUGGUGAUUCAAAUGCCAUGA